ACUCUUUUACUUUGACGUUUGUCAAGACGAGACUCAGUAUUUUUGAUAAAUUGUGAUAUAAAUUAGAAACUAUUUUGUUUUAGUGGACAAUGAGUUAUGACCUAUAUUAAGAAUCUAUUCUAUGCCAGUGCCAAGUAUAUAGUAUUUCAACUAGCUUUCAUUGAGCUGCAACAAUGAAUAACAACAUGAGCGCCCAGCAAAGCCCGGCCAACAUGCAAGCCGUGGUGGACCGCGAGAAGAUCUACACGUGGAUUCUGGAGCUAUGUAACCCAGAGACGAGGGAGAAUGCUCUCCUGGAAUUGAGUAAAAAGCGGGAAGUGGUCCCCGACUUGGCACCCAUGCUGUGGCAUAGCUUUGGCACCAUAGCCGCGCUGUUGCAAGAGAUUACGAACAUCUAUGUGGCAAUGAUCCCGCCGACACUGACCGCGCAUCAAAGCAACCGUGUAUGCAACGCUUUAGCCUUGAUGCAGUGUGUAGCCUCUCAUCCUGAGACGAGGUCUGCAUUCCUUCAAGCCCAUGUUCCAUUAUUCCUGUAUCCCUUUCUCCACACGGUCUCCAAAACUAGACCCUUCGAAUACUUGCGAUUAACAAGUCUUGGAGUGAUUGGGGCAUUGGUCAAGACAGAUGAACAGGAAGUUAUAACAUUUCUGCUGACCACAGAGAUAAUUCCCCUGUGCUUGCGUAUUAUGGAAAAUGGGUCUGAACUUUCUAAAACGGUUGCCACAUUUAUACUCCAAAAGAUUUUGCUAGAUGACAGUGGUUUGUGCUACAUUUGUCAAACCUAUGAUAGAUUUUCACAUGUAGCCAUGAUACUUGGGAAGAUGGUGCUGUCUUUAGCAAAAGAUCCUUCUGCGAGGUUGUUGAAGCAUGUAGUUCGCUGCUAUCUCCGUCUGUCAGACAACCCGAGGGCCAGGGAGGCACUGAGACAAUGUCUUCCGGAUCAGUUGCGAGAUGCUACAUUCACGGCCUGCCUUCAGGAAGACAACUCUACAAAGCACUGGCUUGCGCAGUUGAUAAAGAAUUUAGAAGCCCAGCCUCCUCCUGCUAGCCCCGCUCAGCAGAACAUGUACAAAACAAGAUGAAAGCACUUAUUUUGUAUGCAGAUGUAGUCAACUGGUAUAAGAAUAAAGUGUUUCAUAAUGUGGCAUGUAUA